AUGGCAGCUAGAAUCCAAUUGGAUGCUUUUGUUAGAAAAAGUUAUUUCUGGAGUGAAAUGGCUCACUGGGAAGGUCUCACUGGCAGGAUAACUUUCAACAAAACCAAUGGUUUAAGGACAGAUUUUGACUUAGAUGUCAUUAGUCUUAAGGAGGAAGGUCUUGAAAAGAUUGGAACCUGGGAUCCUACAAGUGGACUUAAUAUGACUGAGAAUCAAAAAGGAAAACCAGCAAACAUAACUGAUUCCCUUUCUAAUCGUUCCUUAACUGUAACCACUAUUUUGGAAGAGCCAUAUGUGAUGUUCAAGAAAUCUGAUAAACCUUUAUACGGGAAUGAUAGAUUUGAGGGAUAUUGUAUCGAUCUCCUUAGGGAACUAUCAACUUUUCUUGGAUUUACCUAUGAAAUUAGAUUGGUGGAAGAUGGGAAAUAUGGAGCCCGGGAUGAUGGUAGUGGACAAUGGAAUGGCAUGGUUCGAGAACUAAUUGAUCAUAAAGCUGACCUUGCAGUUGCACCCCUGGCAAUUACGUAUAUUCGAGAGACGGUCAUCGACUUUUCCAAGCCCUUUAUGACUCUCGGAAUAAGUAUUUUGUACCACAAGCCCAAUGGUACAAACCCGGGUGUCUUCUCCUUCCUGAAUCCUCUCUCCCCUGAUAUCUGGAUGUAUAUUCUGCUGGCUUACUUGGGUGUCAGUUGUGUGCUCUUUGUCAUAGCCAGGUUUAGUCCCUAUGAGUGGUAUAACCCACACCCUUGCAAUCCUGACUCAGACGUGGUGGAAAACAAUUUUACCUUGCUAAAUAGUUUCUGGUUUGGAGUUGGAGCUCUCAUGCAGCAAGGUUCCGAGCUCAUGCCCAAAGCCCUCUCCACUAGGAUAGUGGGAGGCAUUUGGUGGUUUUUCACACUUAUCAUCAUUUCCUCGUACACUGCUAAUCUAGCCGCCUUUCUGACAGUGGAACGCAUGGAAUCCCCCAUUGACUCAGCAGAUGAUUUAGCAAAGCAAACAAAAAUAGAAUAUGGAACUGUUGAAGAUGGAGCUACCAUGACCUUUUUUAAGAAAUCCAAAAUUGCCACGUAUGAAAAAAUGUGGGCCUUUAUGAAUAGCAGAAGGCAGUCAGUGCUUGUCAAAGGCAACGAGGAAGGGAUCCAACGUGUACUCACUUCUGAUUAUGCUUUCCUAAUGGAGUCAACUACCAUUGAGUUUGUUACCCAGCGGAACUGUAACCUGACACAAAUUGGAGGCCUGAUAGAUUCCAAAGGUUAUGGGGUUGGAACUCCCAUGGGUUCUCCCUACAGAGACAAGAUAACUAUAGCCAUUCUUCACUUGCAAGAGGAAGGCAAGCUGCACAUGAUGAAGGAAAAAUGGUGGCGAGGAAAUGGUUGUCCAGAAGAGGAAAGCAAAGAUGCCAGUGCUCUUGGAGUACAAAACAUUGGUGGCAUCUUCAUUGUUUUGGCAGCAGGAUUGGUACUUUCCGUCUUUGUGGCAGUGGGGGAGUUUUUGUACAAAUCCAAAAAAAAUGCUCAGUUGGAGAAGAGGUCCUUUUGUAGUGCCAUGGUAGAGGAGCUGAGAAUGUCCUUGAAAUGUCAGCGUCGGUUAAAACACAAACCACAGGCUCCUGUAAUUGUGAAGACAGAAGAGGUUAUCAACAUGCACACAUUUAAUGACAGAAGGUUGCCAGGAAAAGAAACUAUGGCAUAGAGCUGGGACACCACCCAACCCCAAGCACAAACUGUUGUUUUUUUUUCCCCUUUCCUUUCCUCCCCCCCCCCAACCAACGUUUGCGAGAAUGUUUCCUGUGGAAAUAUGCAACCUGUGCAAAAUAAAAUGAGUUACCUCAUGCCGCUGUGUCUAUGAACUAGAGACUCUGAGAUCUAAGCAGUUGCAAAGGCCAGACUCGAAUCACAAGCAUCACAGAGCAACCGUAUUUGUCAGGGGAGGGAGGGGUUGGGGUGUUGGCAUUCCACCGUUUGUCAUGGGGUCCACCUUUCUGUAACAAGCAAAAGUUCUAUGGGAAUUUUCUGGAGUUGCAGUGAGAAAUGGCAGGUUUCUUUUUGAAGUGCAUCAUUUGCCAGGGACUGGAGAAGCAAUCAAACAGCUUCAAGAAAGUAACUACUGUACCAGAGGAGUUUCUGAAAAAUAAUAGCUCAAAACUCUAUUCACAGGAGGGAAAAAAACCCUAACUCUGUUUUGUACUCUUGGGCAUAGAAGAUCUUGUAAUUGCUGACCAAAGUGAAUAUGGACCUGCCAGCUGAUAGGAGCUAAUUCGGAGGGAAAGUCAUGAAAAAGGAAACCAUAAAUAGAAGAAUGAAAACAGAAGUAUUACUUGCAAUUUUUGUUUCUCUCGCUGUGUCAUUCACCUAAAUAAAGAUAAAAACCUAUGCCAAUAGAAAAUCACAUUCAUCUGUGUUGGAGCUUGGAGAGAACCCAAAGGAGGUGGGCCAUAUUUUAAAUAAGAAAAAAAAAGUUUUCCCUCAGUUUCUUUUCUUAAAGAUGAUGUUCCUUAUGAUGCCUAACUAUAAGCAAUUCUGUCAUUGUUUAACUGUGAAGCAAAGUAUACAUUUGAUAUAGCAGAAGAGUGUAAUUUGUAGCCCUGAAGGGGGUCUGGAAAACUCUUGUUCCUGCUUCAAAAUGAACUCAAGGGAGCCUGUUCUCACAAGUAGCUGUAGAUGGGCCACCUAACCAGCAGGAAAAGUGGAGAACUUAAAAACUGGACUGCAUUUCUCAACACAAUCAAUGGUGUUUAAAGCAGCAACAUUCUUGAGCCUUUUUUUCCCUCAUCCAAAAACAAGAGGGAAAAGAAUGUUCAGAUUUAUUUGUGGAAAUGCAAGAUUUCUAUGAAAAUAGUUUUUUGUAUGGAAAUUUUUUGUAAUACUUUUUAAAUCAACAAUCUCAAGAACCUGCGUUUCAAUCACGGUCAGGGGUGUGGUGCGAAGAGUGGCUGGUAGUGUGUGUGCACCACCAACGUUUGGUGAAAACUAUUUUUAUCAUGGAAAAAAAUGGGGAAAUCUUAGAAAUAUUUUCAAGUUAGAUAAUAUAAUAUCUAGGUGCACUACCAAUACUGCUUAUAAUACCACACCCUUGGUUUUCACUAGCCUGAUAUUAUGCUGUAAUGAACCAAUGUGUGUAAAUUAUGAAAGACACAGACCUCUUGACUACAUUGUGAUAACAGUUGAAGUACACACAGUUUGCUGUUUGAAUCCAAUGCA